AAAUUACCACAUUUUAGUGAAAAUAUAAAGAUCUGUCGAUUUUCCAGGAGAAACGGAAGCAGAACAAACGGGAGGGAGAAGAGAGAGAAUUGAGGGAAGAGAGAAAUGUUGCGGAAUUCCCCGUCUCCUCUUCUCCCAUCAAUUAAUCUUCAAAGGUAUGGAGUGUGUUAUUGAGGAGAAAAUAUAAUGUUGCAGUGCCCAGGGGGAUUCAAGCAUUUGUUUGCUGUCUUAUUAAAGUGCUGUGAUCUUGAUCUGUACAAGCAGCCAAAAGGUCUUGAAGAUCCAGAAAUUUUAGCAAGAGAGACAGUGUUUAGUGUAAGUGAGAUAGAAGCACUAUAUGAGCUCUUUAAAAAAAUCAGCAGCGCUGUGAUUGACGACGGGUUGAUAAACAAGGAUGAGUUUCAGCUGGCACUUUUUAAGACUAACAAAAAGGAGAGCUUGUUUGCUGAUCGGGUUUUCGACCUGUUUGAUACAAAGCACAAUGGCAUUCUAGGAUUUGAAGAAUUUGCUCGUGCUCUCUCUGUUUUCCAUCCUAAUGCCCCCAUAGAUGAUAAGAUUGAAUUCUCUUUCAAACUUUAUGAUCUCAAGCAACAAGGAUUCAUAGAGAGACAAGAGGUGAAACAAAUGGUGGUGGCUACUCUUGCUGAGUCGGGCAUGAAUCUUUCUGAUGAAGUUAUAGAAAGCAUCAUUGACAAGACAUUUGAGGAAGCCGAUACCAAACAUGAUGGAAAGAUUGAUAAGGAGGAGUGGCGCAGUCUUGUGUUACAACAUCCCUCACUACUGAAGAACAUGACCCUUCAAUACCUCAAGGAUAUCACUACAACAUUCCCAAGUUUCGUUUUCCACUCCCAAGUCGAUGAUACCUGAUGAUCAAAUGCAAAUGAAAUUCGAAGACGAGUUAUUUGUGUUUGUUUUCUAAACGUAGUAGAUAAAUUGUUGUGGUGGAAUUAUUUGUAUCGAUUAUAUAUAUAUGUAAGAGUCAUACUAAUUUUGUUUUCUCUCAGGGAGAAAUUCAUUUCUAUUAUUGAUAUUCAUUUUAUAUU